AUCCAUCCAUCACCCUCCACUCCUUUCAGUCCCACCCAUCAGCUACCAACACUACAAGAAUAUCGCUCCUUUCAGUUCCAUUAUAUUCUUCGCUGCUACAAGAUCGAAUUCGAAGAUGUCGACUGUUAGCCGUGCCUCCCUGGACCAGAAGCUUGCCAUGGCCAAGCGCUGCUCGCGAGAGGCAACCCUUGCAGGAACCAAGGCGGCAGCUGUGGCGACCAUAGCCUCUGCGAUUCCAACCCUGGCGAGCGUGAGGAUGCUGCCAUGGGCGAAGGCCAACAUCAACCCCACCGGCCAGGCACUCAUCAUCUCCACAGUUGCUGGGAUGGCCUACUUCAUCGCCGCCGACAAGAAGAUUCUGUCGCUGGCGAGAAGGCACUCAUUCGAGGAAGCCCCCGACCACCUCAAGAACACCUCCUACCAGGGCGCCGGCCGCCCACACCCGGCUUUCUUCAGGCCAUGAAACAUCUUCGGAAAUUGCUAGCACUUCAUGCCGUCGAUGCCCGAAUAAAAUAUUACCAUUAGCUUACUAAUCAUCGAUGUAAUGGCGAAGUGCUUCAAUCGGUCACUGUAAUUAGUUUAUUUGUACUACUGGUGAUCCAGUUCAAAAGGAAUGCAACUUGAUGUUACUGAUCAGCUCUGAAA